AUGGCAAUACCAGAUAUUGUUUGCUUUUGGCUUCUUUUAAUCUUUGGAAUUCCAUCUAUUAUGUGUUAUAUUUUCAAUCUUUAUUAUUUUCUCAUGGAUCGAACACUACGAAAAGGUCUUCACAAUCAUGUCAUUAUUCUCAUUCAUUUUUUCGGCCUUCUGUAUAUGGCUACUGAUUUUAUCUGGUUCAUGCACUAUUAUCGUAAUCAUUCAGCGCUAGUAUCAUCACCCAUAUUUUGUCUCAUAUGGGCAUGGGUAGAUUAUACGUUACCUCCCUCAAUAACAAUUCUGAUGGCAUGGGCAUCAGUUGAACGACAUAUUCUCAUUUUUCAUCAAAACUUAACUGCAACGUCAGUUAAAUGCUUUAUUUUUCAUUAUUUCCCAUUGAUUCUAUUUGGUAUAUAUCCAUCCAUUUUUUAUUUUAUUAUGUUUUUCGUUAUGCCAUGUGAGAUUUCUUACGAUUAUAGCCUAAAUAUAUGCGGACUUUUUCAUUGCUCAUAUAGUCAGUCAACAUUAGCUAUGUGGGAUAGUAUAGUUGACUUAAUUACACCAGGUUUUGUGAUUGUCAUUUUCAGUCUAUUACUUAUUGGCCGUGUAUGGUACAGCAAAUAUCGAAUGGGCCAACAGUUUCAAUGGAGAAAUUAUAUUUUAUAUACAGCUUAUACAGCUGGCCUAUCACGCGAUGUGGGUGUGGAGUUUUUCUUAGUUACUUUAUUUUUCUCUUACUUUGUAACAUUAUUUAUUCCUUUUGUAUCGAUGGCUGCAUUACCUGAACUUCGGUCGAAAAUGCGAAAGAUUAUUCCGUCGACUCGACGACAAAGAAACGCUAUUGCUCCCACAAUAACAGCAGGAGCUCGUCUGGCAAAUCAAUGA